UGUCAAACUUCACAAUGACUCCAUUCGGUAUCAUACUAGUAAUAACUGCUGUGCUCUCGACCCAGGUUAUGCAAUCUAUAACACAGCCUAAAAAAUAUCGAUGUAUUUCAUCAAGACCGUUGYCACAACCGGAAUCGGAAUCAAUGUCUAACGUAAUGUAUAUAAGAGUACCAACAUUAUCGGUUACAAAAUCAUCUUCCACGGCCUCAAAAUCUCCAGCUCCGGUUUCAAAUUCACAAUCCUCAUUCAUAAAUUCACCAUCUACAGGAUCAAAAUCAUCUUCAGUUCCAAAAAAACCAUCUUCAGUUCAAAAAAAACCAUCUUCAGUUCCAAAAACACAGUCUUCAGUUUUUAAAUCAUCAUCUCCGGCCACUAAAUCAUCAUCAUCAACUGUUCAAAAAGUGACGUCUAAAGUAACCAACUCAUCACGCACAGACAAAAMAUCGCCACCCGACUCCUUUAGUUUAUUUAAGUUACCGUUAAAAUUAAUUUCUAGUUUACUGGUACCACUAAUACCAACAACAAUUAGACAAAACACAUCUUCGAUUAUUUCACCACUAUUUAGUUUUCAGAUGCCUUUAACAUUCUCAACGAUUCAUCAUCCUAACUAUCUACCUUGUAAUACAAAUAACUCGCCUUAUCCGUGUAACUCAUUACCCGGUAUCUCAAACAAUAUACCUAUUUCUUUUAACCCUCUACCCGGUAACACGAACAAUUCGCCUAUCCCUUCUAAUUCUAUACCCGAUAACACCAAUACUUUGCCUACUCCUUGUAACCCUCAACCCGGUAAUACAAAUACCAUAACUACUCCUUGUAACUCACUACCUGGGAACACUAAUACCACCCCUGAGCCUAGUAAUUCUCUACCCACAGGUAAUAAAAAUAACUCGAUUAAUCUUUGUACUUCUAUAGCUAGCAAUACAAAUAACUCAAUUAAUGUUCUUUGUAAUUCUUUUCUAGGGCAUUCACAYAAAUCCAUUAUUUUUAAUUGGUUUUGCAACUUUUUGCUAAACAAAAUAAAAAAUGUAAGCUGCGAUAUUCCACCAACUGAAAUUAUUCCCACGCCUAGCGAACCUAAUCCACCAGCGACUACGGACAAUCCUAAUACAUUAUUACCCGUAACGAGUGACUUUACUGUUACAUCAACUGAAGAUAUUACAACAAAUGAUAAUAACACACCGAACGAUAAUUGCACACCAAAUGAAAAUAAUACACCAAAAUAUGAUACACCGCAUGAUAAUAACAUACCAAAUAACAAUAUACCAACAUCCACAUCACACUAUCCUAUUCCACCAUGUAUUUUUACACCAAUUAGUAAGAUUCAUAAACCUUGCCUACCAUUGAUCCAUAGUCAAAAACCAAAACCUUGUAGUGUACCAAUAACCCACUCACAUUCGCAUAUCCCAUUAAAGUAUUAUCCACCAAAUCAUGCACCUUGUUCACCAUCUUACACU